UUGGUGAAAAUGCCAAAAUGGCGUUUAGGACAAUUUUUCUAGAAGAUGACAAGUUUGAUGGAAUUUUAAACAUCAAUUUUGUUUAAAAGGUGUUUCUCAACAUGUACAUAUUAAACAGACAAUGUUAUCUAUUAUAAUUUCUUCGUGAGUGAGAAAACUAUACCAAUAACUUUUAUUUUUAUACAUAUUUUUUAAAACUUCUGUUGUCAUAUUUUGAAGGUUAUAUUAUGUUGCAUUGAUUUUUCAUCCAUAAUUCUGUAAAUACCUUUAAAUCUAGGGUUUUAUUAUAGUUUUCUGAGAUUUAUUUAUCCGUCCGAUCACUGAGUGACUACGAUCUUCGAUAACAAUUGUCUAAACGUCUUUGUAGGGAAGUUACAAACAUUACUUUAACUUUUCAUGAUUCCUCCUAGUUUUUGAUUUAAUUUUUUGCCUACCAUGAUGGGUAUAUUGUAUGAAAAACGGCCCUUAAAGAGGCCCAGACUUGGACCACCUGACGUCUAUCCUCAGGAGCCAAAGCAAAAAGAAGACGAACUUACAUCCGUUAAUGUCAAACAUGGCUUUGCAACAAUGCCCCAGUUGUCUGAUGAGUUUGGAACAGCUAGGCACUGCAAUGUAACCGCAGCUAAGGUCGGAGCAUAUUUCAAUAGUAUACUUGCCAAAAAAGAGGAAUUUGCAACAAUGCCAGACACUGGGAGAAAAAGGCAACAGAUAAAUCCAAAGGACAACUUUUGGCCUGUCACUGCAAGAACGAAAAAUGGCAUAGAGGCUUGGUUCAAGGAUCUAUCUGGUUGUAAACCUUUAUUAGCGUUGGCUAAGAAAGCGCCAAACUUUAAUAAAAAGGAGGAGAUUUUUAUGAUGCUAUGCGAGUACCAGGUCCCGAUGUUGAGAGCUGCCUGGUUCAUAAAAUUGAGUUCUGCUUAUACCGUUGCUGUUUCUGAAGCUAAGAUUAAGAAGAGGCAAUUACCGGAUCCAACUACUGAAUGGACGGGAACUUUGAUAAAAUUUUUAAAGGAUCAAUUGUCAAAAUUGCAAGAAUAUUAUCAUGUUAAUCACAGCUUAACCAAUGGUACGAGCAAUAGUAGCAACGGUAGUAAUCCGAGUAUUAAUACUAACGUUAGUAGUUCAAACAAUCAGCCAACAACUCCGAAUCCAACUCCUGUAACAAUAUUGGGUAACACUAUCAAUGAAGACCACAAAUUGGCUCUGAAACAAUGGCAUUACUGCAUCCAAUUAGCAAAAUAUAUGUUUGAAGAAGGAUUACUAGAUCGACAAGAACUGCUGCAAUGGAUAUUGGAAUUGUUGGAUAAAAUGCGAUCGGCCCCAUCAGAUGAUGGCAUUUUGAAGCUUUUAUUGCCAUUGGCAUUGCAAUACCUAGAAGAAUUUGUCCAAUCUGAAUUAUUAGCUAGAAAAUUAGCCUAUUUGUGCUGUCGAAAGAUUGCACAAAUGUGCAGUAACGUUGAGAACACUAGUAAUCCGCAAAGCCCCAUGGUCGUUGCCCCUGUCAAAUCUGAAGUAAAUGGGACUAAAGAAAACACAGUAGCUCCUGCUUCGGUAAAUCCGUUAACGGUAACAUUUAACGACUACAUAAAUUGUCCACAUCACAGGGACAUCAUUCUUGGAUUAUCCGUUAUAAUACAGGUCAUUACGAUCGAAUGUCCAACAGCCUUAGUUUGGAAUAGUGUUGGCGAGGGAAAAUCUCCAUCAGUUUUAAAUGGUUCACCAUUAGACCAUUUGCUCUGUCCUCCUGCAGCCUUACCAUGUCCUCCAGCAAGUUCUGUCAAUCCUACCAUGAAACAGAUAAAAUUGGCUCAAGAAAAUAUUCGAAGGCGAUCUAUAGCUGCGGAAGGACGUUGGUCUUGCGACAAAUGGCAACAAAGCAGCGCUGGUAUGACAACGACUAAAGUUUUGGCAGCUUUGGACGCUUUGGAUCGCCAUAGUUUUGACAGAAUGGAUGCUACGAACUCAUUGGACACUUUAUAUGCAAAGAUUUUUACCCCGACGCCAAAAGAGAACCCGAAUGAAAGAGAUACGAAAACCGAAUACACUCCACAACAGGAUGCUGCCAUUGUAGAAAUAUUAUGUGAGUGGGCUGUGAGUUGGGAGCGCUGGGGUGAACACAGAGCAAUGGCUGUUGCUAAACUACUAGAAAAACGACAGAGCGAGGCAACCGGUGAAGCAAAUGACAAUGACGACAAAGACAGCGUUUGUAGCAAUGGAACUCCACCAGGCUUACCGAUUUUUCAGCCAUUACUCAUGAAAUUUUUAGAUACCGAUGCCCCAAUUUUAGACCACAACUCUGCUCACUCCAAGGCUCAAUUCACUAACUUGGUACAUUUAUUCUCUGAGUUAAUUCGACACGACGUAUUUUCACAUGAUGCCUACAUGUGUACUCUGAUAUCUCGUGGAGAUCUCAUUCAAGGGCCAGCUGCCAGCAAGCCAAGUACACCAAGCAAUCGUGAACCAAUCGACGAAGACAGUUUGUUUCCCGGUAUUGAUUUGAAACCAGCUAAACUGGAAGUACCAGAUCAUGGAAGAGCGAUGGAUUACGACGACAGUAAAAUUGAUGACGAUUUGGAUAAAUUACUACAGCAUAUUAAGGAGGAUCAACAGAAUAGUAUGGACGCUCCAGACAGUCCGAAAGAAGAUGCGCUGGGUGGUCAUAAUGCUCAUGAUGGACUAGACUCGAAAUCUCCGAGCCCUUGUAGACAUUUACUCUACACUACGCAUUUUCCAUUGCCCCAGGAUGAAACGUGCAGUCAACACGACUGUAAUCAACGCCACGUUCUAUUAUACGGUGUAGGUCGCGUGCGAGACGAGGCUAGGCAUGUUGUAAAAAAAAUGACCAAAGAGAUCUGUAAAUUAUUUGGUAAAAAAUUUAGUAUCGAUGUGGCGGAAGGAGGUAAAGUGAAAAAACACUCCCGUAGUGAAUUCAACUUUGAAGCUGUCACGCAAAAGUUUCAAAACUUGAGUUACUUUGAUCAACAUGUUGUGACGUGGCAGUGCGCGACUCAAGUUGUUGAAAUGUUGAACACCUUUGCUUUGACUGGAUCAUCUUAUUUGCCAGUCCAGGAACAUGUCGCGUUUUUAUUUGACUUAAUGGAACUGGCCUUAAAUAUUUACGGACUCAUUGACGUUUGUAUUCAAAUACUGAAAGAACUGCCGGAAAUUGAGGCACAGUUGACUGCGAGGAAUAGUCAGCUCAUUAGAAGUUACACCACAAGUCUGAGUCUCUACGUAGUUGGAGUAUUAAGGCGAUAUCAUUGCUGUUUGUUACUUACUCCGGAGCAGACUACUGCGGUGUUUGAUCUGCUCUGCAAAGUGGUAAAACAUGUUUCAAACCCGAGUGACUGUAGCUCUGCAGAACGUUGCGUUUUGGCGCAUCUUUAUGAUUUAUAUUCAAGUUGUUCAUUGCUAAAAACAAAACCACACGGUGUGGAAGCUUUCAGCAACGCAUAUCCUAAAAUAAGAACUGCAUUGUACAGUGCGCUACAACCGACUCCUUCAAACCACGUUUACAAUUCUCAGUUCAUGAUCGAUGUCUUUAGUAGUCCACGUCGUGGAGGAAAAAUUGAACCGCAGUGGUCCAGGCAGUUGAACGAAACUCCAGCAAAUCGAUAUAGCUUUGUAUGCAAUGCAGUUAUUGUCGCUGUCAGCGGUGAUACUGACAAUGAUAAACUGAACGACGUUGCGAUAACUUGCGCUGAGUUGACAGCCUGCUGUAACGCUUUGAGUGCGGAAUGGCUGGGUGUUCUAAUGGCAUUAUGUUGCUCAUCUAAUAGUUCAUCAUUUUAUAUAGAUGUAUUGAAUCAAGUUGAUGUUCAAAAUUUGAAUGUACGUAACUCCCUAGCUGUUUUCACAUCAAUCCUAAUAGCGCGACAUUGCUUUUCCUUAGAAGAUUUCGUCGUUCACAUUGCUUUGCCAUCUCUCGUCAAAGCUUGUAACGAAGGCCGAGGAGAUGCGGACAUGGAGGCAGAAGCAGGUGCUUUACUGACUUGCCACCUGCUCUUGCAACUUUUCAAAACCGUGGAGUGCCCGCAGCCAGCAUUAUAUUCCGUCAGCACCAGCCCACAUCCGAUACCUAGUGGAAAUCUUAGACGUUAUAGCAUAAAACUCAGCUGUGACAGACACCUCCUAGCCGCUGCGCACAACAAUAUCAGAGUUGGACCUGUUUUGGCAGUUUUGAAAGCAAUACUUGUAGUUGGUGAUGCCACGGCUGGCAAACUGCCACCAAAAAAACCAGACAUUCCAAUGGCACACUCUAACAAAGCGGGACCAGCUAGUGUUGGUGGUGGAGAGAGAGAAUCGAUCAGUCAUAUAUUAGGGACUAGUGAUAUUUUAGGAGGAGGCGACGACUUGGGUUUGGAUCUUGGACUAUCUUCGAGCAACGUUAACAUGGAUAUUGAGAAUGUCAAGGGCCUUUCUGCCUUUGCGCAGCAUGUAUUACGACAGAUAUGCAGUCAGGAAUGGGUUCUGGAAAGGUGUCUACAAAAUCCAGAAGAACUUUGUCACCCAGACAUGCUCUUAGAUAACAUGUUGACUCCUCGUCAAGCUCAGAGAUUGUUGCACAUGAUUUGUUACCCAGAUACGCUCAUAGAUACAUUUCUUGAUCAAAAAACGCACAUUACUAACAUAUUGGAAAACCUAGAACAAUGGAGUCUCCGAAUGUCUUGGCUGGACCUCCAACUCAUGUACAAACAAUAUCCUCCAGCCUCCAACGAUUUGUCCCAAUGGCUGGACACAGUGGCAAAAGCUGCGAUCGAUGUCUUCCAAUUAAAUACUAUUUCUGGUAAACCAGAUAAAAAAUCUGGUUCCAUAUGGUUGGUCGCACCUUUGGUAUCAAAGUUACCGAGCGCUGUUCAAGGGCGCGUCCUAAAAGUGGCUGGUCAAGUUUUAGAAUCUGGAAAUUGGUCAAAAGCCAGUAGAGAAAAAGGCAAAUCAAAAUCACCGUCGUUAUUCAAUCAUCAGCCAUUUUUGUCAUUGGUGUUGACGUGCUUGAAGGGACAAGAUGAUCAGAGGGAGGGGCUUCUUACUUCGCUGCAUUCUCAGUUGACCCAAUUUCUGAACAUGAGUAAAGAGGAAAAGAAUAUCGGUCUAGAAGAUCCAAAAACGAGGGAAGUUUUGCAGGACGCCCUACAACUGAGAUUCAGUUUAGUAGGAGGAGUUUUUGAUACCAUUCAAAGAAAUACAACCGUUACAACAGACUGGGCUAUACUACUGGUACAAUUAAUUAGCUAUGGCGUUAUAGACCUUAACAAUAAUUCAGAAUUGUUCACCACAGUGAUAGAUAUGUUAGCCACUUUAAUACAUUCCACUUUGGUCUCGGAUUCUCAAUCUGAAAAAGAUGAAAACAAAAAGCAUUAUCAGAAUCUCAUGAAGAAACUUAAAAAGGAACUGGGAGACCGAAAUUCACAAAGUAUUCAAUUUGUUAGGCAGCUGUUACCGCUGCCCAAAUUAACGAUGGAAGUAAUCGCUUGCGAACCUGUUGGCUGUCUGACAGAUACUAAAGGAAACAAGAUCGCUGGAUUUGACAGUAUUGAUAAAAAACAGGGCCUCCAGGUAUGCGAUUCUCAGAGAGUUUCGGCUUGGGAACUAUUAGAAGGUCAUAAAAAUCCAGCACCUCUGUCAUGGGCUUGGUUUCGAGCAGUGAAAAUGGAACGCAAACCAUUAACGUAUCAAGCAGCUCAGAAACUUUUGCGAUAUCAUACUCAUAGCGCAAUCAAGCCUCCUAGUCAUUACUUGGAUGCGCCUCCAUUACCCCCUGAAGAUUUAGAACCGGAUAAAAAAGAAACAGAACCUGGUAAGGCUGAUACGCCAAUGAGCGUCGAGUCGCCUGGAAGAACAGGUAAGGGAAAAGCUAUGAAAGCCAAAAGAUCACGGAAAACCAAAGGAGCUCCAGCUCCAGCAGCACCAAUACCCCAGCAAAUGCAACAACAAGGUCCUCCACAAAUGCAACAGAUACCAUAUGGGCAACAAGCUCAAGUUGCACAACAGCAGGGUAUGUUCCCAGGACAACCGCAGCAGCCGCAACAGCAGUGGUAUCCAAAUCAGCCAGGGCCUACACCGCAACAACAAUACGGAUAUGGGCAACAAAUUCCACCAGCUCAAGUUGGCGGCCCGCGUUACGAACGCCCGGGAAUGAACAAUCAGUCAAAGCAAGCACUUUCGAAUAUGCUGCGGCUUAGGUUACCCUCGAAUCAAUUUAUGGGUGCCCAACAACAGCCCGGUGCUCCUCCUGGAGCUGGACCAGCCGCAUUCCAGGGUAUGCAGAGGCAGCAGUUCAUCAGACAGCAAUUGCGAACACAACAUGGCGGUCCCGGAAUCAGCCCGCAGCAAACUAUGUUCCCGCCACAACAGCAGCAGCAGGGGAUGUAUGCCAGUAUGCAACAGGGAAUGAACCAAAACUACGCAGGUUAUGGCGGCCAGCAUGUGCUACCUCAGCAACAACAGCAAUUAUUACAACAACAACAACAACAACAACAACAGCAACAGCAGCAACAACAGCAGCAACAGCAGCAACAACAGCAGCAACAGCAGCAGCAACAACAGGGUAUGAUGACUCAGCAACAAAAUAUGAUGUUCCAAAAUCAACAGCAGAUGAUCGGUGCCCCAAGAGGACAGGAAUAUAUGCAGCAACAGAGAAUGCAACCUGGAGCCGCAAGAGCUCCGUAUUUGCAGGCGCCUAAUGUUACAAUGAACAUUCCGAUGGGCGGAGGAGUUCAAAACCAACCAGCCCCUCCAUACCGACAAGCUGGAGGGAAACCUGGAGCGGUUGGUGUUGCUGGAGUUGGAGCUGGCGGUGUUGGUGUUGGUGUCGGUGUUGGAUUACAGCAACAAAACCAACAGUUCCAGCAGCAAACAAUAAAUCAACAACGGAUACGACAAAUGCUGGUUAUGCAGCAGCAACAACAGCAACAACAACAGCAACAACAACAACAACAACAGCAGCAGCAACAACAACAACAGCAGCAGCAGCAAGGUGGAGGUGGUGGACAACAACCUACCCCUCAACUAGUAGCGCAUCUACAACGACAUUUGAAUCAACCACCCCAACAUCCUUACCAACAUCAGCCACCUCCUUAUUAAGGAAAAGUUUAAUUCAAAGAGCCAGAAGAGUAGAUUCUAGUUAAUAUAGAUGAGUAAAUGUUAGCGAAUCAAUUGUACUUAGUCUAAGUUAUCAGCUGUCACUGUAGUGGUCUGCGGGGACCAUCAGUGACACUUAUAGUCUCAGGAGUGGUAAAAAGAUUAUGGACCAAUAUUAAACUAAAUAAAUUUGUAAUCUGCAAAAUUUAUUUAUAACAACGCAUGUACAAAUUUUGAUGCCCAAAAAGAAAGACGACGAAAAAUUAAAAAAAAUUUGUGCAGGUCAAUCGUCAUCGCUAGAAGAGAAAAAAAACAUAUGUAUUCUCCAUCAAAUUUUUAGAAUCAUACAAACUUGUAUAUACUUAGUGUAAAAUUGGUGGAAAUGAAUUAUACACAUAUUCGAAAGUAGACCGAAAUUUGUCUAGAUCUAUAUCUGCAAUCAUACAGAUAAAAAUUCAGCAAAUCGUAACAGUAAUGGAUCGAAAAAUCCAUGUACGAGAAAAAAAGAUAUAAAUACAUAAAUAUGUAUAUUGUAGUUAUAUGUUAUCACUGCCUUUUAAAAGUAAGUUAUUAAAUUAUUGCAAACCAAAAUUGUAUGCUCAUUCAUCAUCUCAUACCCAUUAAAAUAUUUGUCAUCACGUCUCGCACAGUUAUUCGAUUUUUUGUUAUUGUUUCAAUGCAGCAGUUGAAAAAAUUGCAUCAAUGACAAUGACCUGAUGAAUUAGUAUACUAAAUAAGGCCGCAUUUUCUACAUCUAUUUAAAGAUAGCAAACGAAACGAAAAAAAAAAUAUCAUUCAGAAUAAAAAUGAUGAAUGAUGACAUAAAAAGUCCGUUGUGUAAAUGAAAACUGCGCAGAAAUCGAUAUGAUAGAUAAUUAGAAAAUCAUGUAUUUAUAUUUAAAUCCAUGGAUAAAAUGAUCAAAUUCCCUGCUGAGUAUACAUAUAAUUCAACAUCAGUAUUAAUGCACCUGUAAACCUAGUUUAGUAGUAGUAAUUGAUCGGAGGAUUUUCGACGGUUAUUUUAUCUGUACUUUUUUCUUUUUAAGAAAUAUAAUGAUCAUAUUGUUAACAA